CUAGAGCACUGAAGACUUUACUGAUGAAGACUCGGCAAAUUAUCUGUCACCAAGAGGUGUGACAACUAGACUUAGACAAUAAAAAGGAAAAAAACAGAUGCAGGUUGCAUUAACUACCACUUACUGGAUAUCUUCAAAUCCUUCAGAAUCAACAGAGCAACCAGGUAAUCAGAGAAGAAAUGCAGGCCAUCAACAACCUCACCUCGGAGCCUGGGAACAGCAGUCUGUGCACCAGAGACCACAAAAUCACCCAGGUGCUCUUCCCACUGCUCUACACUGUUCUGUUUUUUGUUGGACUCAUCACAAACAGCCUGGCCAUGAGGAUUUUCUUUCAAAUCCGCAGUAAAUCAAACUUUAUUAUUUUCCUUAAGAACACAGUCAUUUCUGACCUUCUCAUGAUCCUGACUUUUCCGUUCAAAAUUCUUAGUGAUGCCAAACUGGGAACGGGACCACUGAGAACCUUUGUGUGCCAAGUCACCUCCGUCAUCUUUUACUUCACAAUGUACAUCAGCAUUUCGUUCCUUGGACUGAUAACAAUUGAUCGCUACCAGAAGACCACGAGGCCAUUUCAGACAGCCAAUCCCAGCAAUCUCUUGGGGGCUAAGAUUCUCUCCGUGCUCAUCUGGGCCUUCAUGUUCUUCAUCUCUCUGCCUAACAUGAUUCUGACCAACAGGAGGCCAAGAGACAAGAAUGUGAAUAAAUGCUCUUUCCUGAAAUCAGAGUUUGGUCUGGUCUGGCAUGAAAUAGUGAAUUACAUCUGUCAAGUCAUUUUCUGGAUUAAUUUUUUAAUUGUCAUUGUAUGUUACACCCUCAUUACAAAAGAACUAUACAGGUCAUAUAUAAGAACAAGGGGGGCGGGCAAAGUCCCCCGGAAAAAGGUGAAUGUCAAAGUGUUCAUUAUCAUUGCUGUAUUCUUUAUUUGUUUUGUGCCUUUCCAUUUUGCCCGAAUUCCUUACACCCUCAGCCAAACUCGGGAUGUCUUUGACUGUGCUGCUGAGAAUACUCUGUUCUACGUGAAGGAGAGCACUUUGUGGCUAACGUCCUUGAACGCGUGCCUGGACCCAUUCAUCUAUUUUUUCCUUUGCAAAUCCUUCAGAAAUUCCUUGAUAAGUAUGCUGAAGUGUCCCAAUUCUGCAACAUCGUCUCAGGAAAACAGGAAAAAAGGACAGAACAGUGAUGACCCCCGGGAAGAAACUCCAAUGUAAACAAAUUAAUGGAGUAAAUAUUUCAAUCCAUCGGGGAUCAUAAUUCCUUAAGUGAAAGCGCUAUGUAAGUAAGAAUUAACACUGACUAAACAAUAAUGAAGGGAAUGACAUUGACUCUUGAAAAAGUAA